GAUGUUAAUUGAACAAGAUAAUAUGGGAUUAAACAUAUAUAAAUUAAUGGUGUAAAAAGGUGUCAUUGCUUCCGGUAUAAGUAUGUUGCAUGAAGGUGUGUUAAAAAUGAAUAAUUGAUAAGAUUAGAAUCAAUCAAGAAUGCUUUAUUUACUUCUCAUGUAUCCAAUUCUCUUGUAAAAAAGACAGAUGUUGUCUUUUAAAAAAAUGACUACUUCUAUAUAUGAAACUACUUCUCACUAGCUAGCUCUGCUCUAUUCACUUCCUCCAUGGCUUCUUCUCUUCCUCCUUGUUCACUCAUCAUCUUAUUCUUUCUGAACUAUUUCAUCUUCUGCCAGGGGACAACUGCAAAUCAGAUCCCAGAGGCUUAUGUUGUCUACAUGGGAAGUUCUAACAGUAUCAACGGCGAGAUAUUUGAUAUCGAAGCUACCGAAUCAUCUCACUUAAAAUUGCUCUCCUCUAUACUACCAAGCCAAGAAAGUGAAAGACUAUCACUUGUUCAUACGUAUAACCAUGGUUUCAAAGGUUUCUCUGCAGUUCUUACCGACGAAGAAGCUGCAGUCUUAUCUGAUCAUGAUGAAAUCGUAUCAAUAUUUGCGGAUACUACACUUGAACUGCAUACCACGCGUUCUUGGGAUUUCCUAGAAUCUGAAUCUGGCAUUGCAUCAAAUCAUCAGUAUCCACUACAUGCUUCCGGCGGGGAAGAUGUUAUUAUUGGCAUCAUUGAUACAGGAAUUUGGCCAGAAUCCCCAAGUUUUAACGACAAUGGAAUUGGAAAAAUUCCAUCCAGAUGGAACGGAGUUUGCAUGGAAGGAUCUGAUUUUAAGAAAUCAGACUGUAACAGGAAACUAAUAGGAGCUAGAUACUACGACACUCGAGAAGACAUGAUCAAGACGGAAUCCAAUAGGACUUUAAAAUCGCAUACUGGGUCACCCAGAGAUUCCGUUGGCCACGGAACCCAUACAGCAUCAACAGCUGCAGGCGCAAUGGUGCCCAACGCAAGCUACUACGGCCUCGGGCAUGGUACUGCAAAGGGUGGUUCUCCUUCUAGUAGGCUAGCAAUAUACAAAGCUUGUUCACUAGCAGGUUGUUCUAGUGCAACCAUACUUAAAGCUAUGGAUGAUGCAAUCAAAGAUGGUGUUGAUAUAAUCUCAAUUUCAAUUGGAGUUAGCUCAAUUAUACAAUCGGAUUUUUUAAAUGACCCAAUCGCUAUUGGCGCUUUUCAUGCUAACGAGAAGGGGAUUAUGGUAGUUUGUGCUGGCGGAAACGAUGGGCCAGAUGCUUUUACUGUUGUCAACUCCGCACCUUGGAUUAUGACUGUUGCUGCAUCUAAUAUCGAUAGAGCUUUCCGGUCUAAUGUUGUUCUUGGCAACGGGCAGAUUUACCACGGAAGUGGAAUAAACUUUUCCAAUAUGACGCGCUCAAAAACAUACCCAAUUGCUUUCGCAGGAGAUGUGGCAAGUACAAUGACUCCCUUGUCUGAGUCGAGCAAUUGCUAUCCAGGAUCAUUAGAUUUGAAAAAAGCAGCAGGAAAAAUCAUUGUGUGUGUCAACACGGAUCCGAUGGUCUCAAGACGGAUAAAGAAAUUGGUGGUCGAAUCAGCUCAUGCAAAGGGCAUAAUUUUGAUCAAUGAAGCUGAAAAAGGAGAGCCUUUUGAUUCAGGUGUUUUCCCGUUUUCAGAAAUGGGAGAUGUGGAUGGAGCUGAGAUACUGAAAUACAUUAACACAACCAAGUACCCGACGGUUACUAUUCUACCAACAGUUGAAGUUCCGAAAGUUAAACCAGCACCUGUUGUUGCAUCUUUCUCCUCAAGGGGUCCUGGUGGACUGACCGAAACAAUUCUUAAACCAGAUGUAGCAGCUCCUGGUGUUGCCAUACUAGCAGCCAUGAUACCGCCAACGAAAAAAGGAAGUGUUCCACCAGGAAAAAGACCUUCCAAAUUUGCCAUCAAAUCAGGCACAUCAAUGGCUUGUCCUCAUGUUGCUGGCACAGCCGCAUUCAUUAAAUCAAUACACCCGGAUUGGAGUACUUCUAUGAUCAAAUCAGCUCUUAUGACCACAGCUAUUGCAUCCAACAACAACGGGAAGCCGCUAACAAACAGUUCAAAUGCGUUUGCAAAUCCACAUGAAAUGGGUGCUGGAGAAAUGAGCCCACUCAGAACUCUUAAUCCGGGAUUAGUUUUUGAAACCACAACCAAAGAUUAUUUACAUUUUCUUUGCUAUUAUGGAUACAAACAGAAGAUUAUAACUUCAGUUUCGGGUACAAAUUUUACGUGCCCAUCUAACUCCAUAGAGGAUUUCAUUUCUGAUAUUAAUUAUCCUUCGAUAUCAAUUAGCCAGCUCGAAGGACACCGUACAGUUAGAACAGUAACCAGAACUGUAACAAAUGUAGGACAGAAAAAUGCAACUUAUGUUGCGAAACUAGACUCGCCGAGAUCAGGUUUGAUAAUCAAGGUGUCGCCAGAAAAGCUUGUGUUCACUGAUAAGGGUUCCAGGACAGCAUCUUUCAAAGUUUCAUUUUACGACAAGGGUUUAACAAAGGGAUACAAGUUUGGAAGUGUGACAUGGUCCGAUCAGGUGCACUUUGUACGUGUUGUAUUUGCUGUAAAUGUUGUCUAAUCCUAUUUAUUUUUUCUUCUGUUCUAAAUUUUGAAAUAAAAGUAACGCGGUGAGAUUGGGGUAUACCCAAAUUUAAAUGGACAUGUGCCCUUACUAAGGGGAGGUCAAAACAGGAUGAAGUUACUUUAG